AUGACAAGUCGUUCCUCUAUUAUGUUUUUCCUUUGGGGACCAGCUCAUGCACAAUCAUCUCUUGUUGGAAGGUUUUGCCUUGGAAGCAACUUCUGUGUGACCCCCCAACGACAAUCUAUCACAGCACCUCUUUGUCUUGUCAAUGUUUUAUGGUUGGUUGAUGGGGAUAAACAAGGCAUAUACAAGGAACAAGUAAAGUUGCUGCAAGCAAAGAAAGCAAACAAUUAUUUAGGUCUUGAUCAAACUUGCUUUAAACUGCAAAUCAUAAAUAUCAAAGUUGAGUUCAAGUUAAGUCAGCUCUCAAAGUCUGUGAAUCAUAAUAUCUAUUCGACGGGUGGAAGUAAUUCUCUAUGUUUGGUGAUAUCAAGUCGUAUGGUUGGCAAGGAAUAUAAAAGUUCUACCUCCUUGUGGUGGCUCCUGGGUAACGCUAAAUGA